UGCAACUGGACGGAAUUCUAUCAGUUGACCGUUGGAAGUUGCUCAGUGAAUAAACGUUUCUUUGUCGAAGGCGUAAGAAAACCAUUCAACGCUUCAUUAUGGCUAAAUGGGGAAUUUUGCUGUUGGCGGCUUUCGUCGUUGUUGCCAUCGCUUCUGUUCAAGCUGAUCAUGGCGGUGAGCAUCACGACGAGCAGGGUGGACAUGGCCACGACCACGGACACGGUGCGCAUCACGGAUCAGAUUCACACCACGGCCAUGGAAAGGGUGGCUGCAACCAUCACCGUCAUGGCGGCGUUGGUGGAGACGGCAAACAUGAUCACAAGGAUCACGCUCACGGGCAUGAGCACUCCCACGGCCCUGAGCAGUCCCACGGGAAGGAUCAGGCCCACCAUGAUGGUCACGGACAUUAGUCGUAUGGUGAAGAUGUACUUUUAAAAUGAUAAAACUUUAAUCUUGGUAACGGAUUUUCCCUAUAGAUGUCAAUUUGAAUAAAGAGGUAUUCGUGUGUGAAUAUAAAUAUAUUCUAAUC